CCCAAUUCAAUAGCAGUAAAAGAAAACAUGUUUGUGAAAUACAAUAAACAGGAAAUAUUGUUUAUAUGCCAUUGACUCGUCAUUCCUUGAGAGCUAUUUUUAUGUUACGUUAUAGUUAAAAUAUUCUUAUUUUUAGAAUAAUUUUGCUAGAUACAAUGAAAAAAUGUUUAUCUGAUUUAAUCUGAAUAACAAAUUUUAUCUUGACUCUUCCAACCUUGUUUAGAAGCAGUUUUUGUAAGCAUUAUUGAUUUUUUUACUGACUAAGCCACAAAUUUGUAGUUCAUUUUGUAAUUGUAUCAGUUUAUAAUCUUAUAAACACAGGACAUGAGUAAUCCAUCAGAAAUAGUGAAUUCUCUGAGAAAUUCAUUCUAUAAUGGGAGGACAAGAUCGGUGGAAUAUAGAAUUAAGCAACUUCAAUCCCUGUAUCGUAUGUACACGGAAAAAGAAAAUGAAUUGUUGAAUGCCCUUUAUGCAGACCUGCGAAAAAGUAAGCAAGAAUCAGUUACAACAGAGAUUGACUUCUUAAAGAAUGAUAUAAAAAAUACAUUGUAUAACAUUUAUUCUUGGACAAAACCCCAGUAUGUCCAGAAAGAUUUUGCAAACCUAUUGGACACUCCCUAUGUACAGAAUGACCCUUAUGGUCUAGCUCUUGUAAUUGGUAGUUGGAAUUACCCCCUACAAUUGCUACUACUUCCUGUUGCGGGUGCUAUUGCUGCAGGAAAUUGUGUGGUUAUCAAACCCUCAGAAGUGUCUAAAUCUUGUGCAGAAUUGCUUGGGAAGCUCAUUCCCAAAUAUCUUGAUCAGGAUUGUUACAGGGUAUUCACUGGAGGAGUAAAGGAAACCACUGAACUCUUAAAAGAGAGAUUUGAUUAUAUCUUUUAUACAGGAAAUUCAAAUGUUGGAAGGAUUGUUCAUGCUGCUGCAAACAAUUUUUUGACACCUACAACUUUAGAACUUGGUGGGAAGUCACCUUGUUAUAUUGAUAAUUCUGCAUAUCUAAAGUAUAUGGCGCGUAGGAUUUUGUGGGGCAAAACUUUAAAUAUGGGCCAGACUUGUGUUGCCCCAGACUACAUUUUAUGUACAAAGGACAUGCAAGAAAAGUUUAUUGAUGCAUAUAGGGCCACUAUCAAAGAAUUCUUUGGAGAAAAUCCCAAAGAGUCACCUGAUUUAGCCAGAAUUGUAAAUGACCAUCAUUUUCACAGACUAAUUGAACUAUUGAAAAGUGGUAGCACCCGAGUGGGUGGUGAUUAUGAUAUAAAAGAAAGGUACAUUGCACCAACAAUUCUCACAGAAGUUGAUCUAAAUUCCAAAAUAAUGCAAGAAGAAAUUUUUGGACCAAUUUUGCCUAUCGUGAAUGUUGAUAAUGUUUAUGAAGCAAUAAAUUUUAUAAACUGCAGGGAAAAACCCCUGGCACUGUAUAUUUUUUCAAAUAAUAAAAAGGAUACAGAGCUCAUUUUACAAAAUACAAGCUCUGGCAGUGUGGCUGUAAAUGAUACUGUGAUGCAAUUGGUCGUCGACACUUUACCUUUUGGUGGUGUUGGCACAAGUGGUAUGGGUAAUUACCAUGGAAAAUAUAGCUUUGACACAUUUUCUCACAAAAAAUCUGUUCUGUAUAAAGAUUUGGGAAUGCUUGGUGAAGUAUUAAGUUCUUCUAGAUAUCCUCCUUAUUCAGAAAAAAAGUUGGCUUAUUUAAAGUUUAUGUUAGCUAAAAGACCAGGUAUAAAUGUAGGUAGGUCCGUGACUCAUAUAUUAUCAUUUUUAACUGGCAUAUGGGCCUUGUAUGUCUGGCAAAAUUAUGGGUUCAAAAUUGGUAAUUGGAUGUAAGAAGUAACUGAAUUGUGGGUUAAGUGGAAUGGGGCAUUUAUAUUUUUAUGGACUCCUUGGUCUUCCAAUUAAUAAUUUAUAUUUCUCAUAGAUUUAUAAUCAUUAUUUUUAAUCAAAGUCAAAUAUAAAAUCUCCACAUAAGAAACUAUAGCAGCAAAUGCACUUAUUGUUAGGCAAAAAAAGAGGGUUGUUUGAAGUAUAUAAUUAGUAAUUGUCAGUAUAAGUUUAUGAAUUUUUAUAUCAAAUUUAGUAUUACUGAGUUGCUAUGAUGUACUUAAUUGUAGGUCCCCUAAAUAAAUGUUUUGUUUUC